AUGCAGAUCUUCGUCAAGACCCUCACCGGCAAGACUAUCACCCUUGAGGUGGAGUCCAGCGACACCAUCGAUAACGUCAAGUCCAAGAUUCAGGACAAGGAGGGCAUCCCCCCUGACCAGCAGCGCCUGAUCUUCGCCGGCAAGCAGCUCGAGGAUGGUCGUACUCUUUCCGACUACAACAUCCAGAAGGAGUCUACUCUCCACCUGGUCCUGCGCCUUCGUGGUGGCAUGCAGAUCUUCGUCAAGACCCUGACUGGCAAGACUAUCACCCUCGAGGUUGAGUCUUCCGACACCAUCGAUAAUGUCAAGUCCAAGAUUCAGGACAAGGAGGGCAUCCCCCCCGACCAACAGCGCCUGAUCUUUGCUGGCAAGCAGCUUGAGGAUGGCCGCACCCUUUCCGACUACAACAUCCAGAAGGAGUCUACCCUGCACUUGGUCCUCCGUCUCCGUGGUGGUAUGCAGAUUUUCGUCAAGACCCUCACUGGCAAGACCAUUACUUUGGAGGUGGAGUCUUCCGACACGAUCGACAAUGUGAAGAGCAAGAUCCAAGAUAAGGAGGGCAUUCCCCCCGACCAGCAGCGUCUUAUUUUCGCCGGCAAGCAGCUCGAGGACGGUCGCACGCUCUCUGACUACAACAUCCAGAAAGAGUCUACCCUUCACUUGGUGCUUCGCCUGCGUGGUGGUAUGCAAAUCUUCGUUAAGACCCUGACCGGAAAGACCAUUACCCUGGAGGUUGAGUCUAGCGACACCAUCGACAACGUCAAGUCUAAGAUUCAAGAUAAGGAGGGUAUUCCCCCAGACCAACAGCGCCUGAUCUUCGCUGGUAAGCAGCUCGAGGACGGUCGCACUCUGUCGGACUACAACAUCCAAAAGGAGUCUACCCUCCACCUGGUGCUGCGUCUGCGUGGUGGCCAGUAA